AUGACAACAGGAAGUAAAGAGCAGGUACAAGCGAAACCAGCCAAUACUGAAUUAAAAGAGCCGAUUAGACCAAAUUUUGCUGAAAGAGAUAGACUUGUUGAAGAAAUUCAAUCUAAAGUCCAAGAAUAUGAUUCUGAAUUGACAACUUUGAACAAGCGUAUUAAAUCGACCAAAGCAAAUUAUAAGAAACUUAUUAAGGAGAGAAAUGAAGUACAGGAAGAAUAUAAGAAAUAUUUGAAAACACAGUUAGACUUGAAAGGAAGUAGACAAAAAAUCCAAGAUCAAAUAAAAAUCGUUGAUACAAAUAUUAAGAAGAAAAACACAGAGAUUAAUACAAAAUUAGGUAAGAAUAAAUCCAGGUUUGGGUCUGCAGCUGGUGUUUCUAUUAGAAUUAAGGAAAUUGAAGAUUCCAUUUCUUCAGGUAAAUUAACAUUGGUGGAAGAGAAAGUGUUGGAAAAGCAACUUAAAUCUCUGAACAAAGUUUAUAAUGAUUUUAAAUCAGUAGUCCCUAUCGUUAAAUCUAUUGGAUCAGAUGAAAAGAAAGUCACCGCUUUAAAGGAAGAGUUUUCUAGUCUUAAUCCAAGAGAAGUUACAGCUAAAGUUGAACAACUCCAAAAUAAAUUGAAAGAGUUGCAAAAUCAAGUGGAGAAGACGUAUUCGAAGGAAGAAGCUGUGAUCUUACAAAGAGAUAAGUUACAUCAAGUUAGAGAAGACAAAUAUGCUGAAAUUCAGAAGACGAAAAGACACUAUAAUAAAAUGUUUAAAAAUUUUAAAAAACAGGAAGGUGUGUAUAAGACAGCUAUGAAAGAACAAUUAUUAAAUAAGGAGGAAAGGAAACGAUUAAGGAAUUUAGCUGAAGCUAAAGAAUCUAUAGUAACUAAAAUUCAAGAACGUCUAAUUCAAGCUAAAAUUCCUGCUUUCAGGGAUGAAGUUAAAGCAAUUGAAGGUUGUUUGGUCGCAUUAGAUCAAGAUUUCAAGCCAGAAACAAGACAUUUAUUUGACAAUGAUAUGAUGAAUGAAACUGUUUCUAAACCCGUUGAGAAAGAUGAUGAUAUCGUUUUAGUGGAAUAUGAUGAUGAUGAAGCUUUCCUUAACACAGCGCCUUCAAAAUCUAAAAAAAUUAAGAAGAAGCAACAACAACAAAAUGAGGGAACUCAUGAUAAAACUUUCCUAACAAAAAUCGAUGGUAAGAUUACUUUGGAACCACUUUUGAUCUCAACAUUAGCUGAGUUUGAAAUUGUCAUCCCAAUUUCUCAAGAAGAGCUAGAAAAAACUAUUUCUCAACUAAGAGAAAAAAGGAAAGAUUAUAUAGAAAGACAAAAGGAAGUAACUGAGAAGAACAUUUUGACAGUUGAAAAGGAAUUAGAGAGAGUAGAGCAAGAUUUUGCUAAAAAAGAAGCAACUAUAAAAGGGGAGAUGGAAAAAAAGAAACUACAAAGACAAAUGGAAAAAGCAAAUUAA